ACCACGCGCGCUUGUUCUCUCAGUUUGUAUUCGGUAUCCACCUCGUAUCGGUGGAUACGUUCGGUUCUUAAUUCAAUCGAAUUAUUAUAUCGAAAUCGUGAAAUUACCGUCCAAUUCUAUAACCACGUUCUCCAAGCUGAAAAUAAAGUUUCAAAUCCAACGACAACUAUAGUGCCAAUUGUGUCGUUUGUUGACAGUGCUUUCGAAACAAAGACGACAUGCUGUCGCUGCGAUUUGUUGGUCUUUUGGUAUUACUUCUUACCGCGCAGGUUUGGUGCAAACCGGCGAAAGGUUCCGAGAGCGCCGAUUACACCGAAGACGAUACACUGUCCGAAUACAUCGAUGAUGACAACAACGACGACACCGAUGAGCUGGUCGAUGACGCGAACGAUACCGCAAGCGCCGUGGACGAUGACACGGCCAGCGCUAUCGAGGAACCGCAAAUCAUAUCAAAGCCCGAGAGUAUACGAAUGAGGAACGGAAGCACGAUAUACCUGCAUUGCCUCGUGAAAAAUGCAGACAAUUUCGCGGUCACCUGGAAGAAAGACGACAAUUUCAUGUAUCAGGAAGGAAAGAGAAUUGUUAUAUUGCCGAACAAUACGUUGGUGAUACACGAUGCCAAUGUCAAUGACACUUCCGACGAUUACGAGUGCAGUAUCAUGCAUCCUAAAAAAACUAUUACGAUCAAGCACAGAGUGCAGAUCGUUUCUCAAGUUCCGCGCACGCAGAAAGUGGAUGUUACUUCUGAAAGGCCUCAAGUUCUACCUACGGUCACGCAACGAACGGAUGCUGCUUCUGAAAGGCCUCAGAUAUCACCAUCGACUCAUCACAAACAAUCGGAGAUACGUGUAAUCCCCGGUAAAAGGGUGGAAGUCAACGCUGGUGAUAACGUCACCCUCGGUUGCGAAACGAGGGUCAUACAACCGAUACAAGAGAUAAAGUGGUAUCACGAGAACGAAAGAGUUCAUAAUAAUAUAAUCGUAUCCGGUAAUCGUAUCACUAUCGUGAAUAUUAAUAGACACGAUGCUGGUCAUUAUCAGUGUUUGGCCGAGAAUGGGAUGGAGUCUCCACCUGUAGAAGCCAUUAACGUCAUUGUCAAUUACGCUCCAGAAAUAGAGACAAAGGGGAAAUGGGUGCACACCGGAAUCGGAGUAGAAUCGCGGUUAUCGUGUAUCGUGCAUGCUCAUCCGCAUGCUAACGUAACGUGGUUCAAGGAUCAGAAGAGAAUAUUACCGAAGAAAAACAGUAUAGAGCUUAGAGGAAACAAAACUCGAUACGUUCUUGAUAUUUUGCACACCCAAUUCGAAGACUUGGCUAAUUACACGUGCGUAGCGGAGAACAAAUUGGGACGGACGGAGAAAACUAUUUCCCUUACCGGUCUUCCUUCUCAAGCGAUUAUUUCUGGUGGUGAGAUGACAAGGACCGCAUCAGGGUUAAUUUUAAAAUGGCACUUGGAGAGUUAUUCGCCGAUUAUUGAAUAUAAACUGCAAUAUCGUCGUAAAGAAGAUCCUGAAUGGAUUAUUGUGAAGCCUACGGUAACGAACGGUAGAGGAAAUCAAUUCAUUGUCGAGCAUACAAUUGAAGGACUUCAACCUGGAUCGUAUGAAGCAAUCGUUAUGGCUAGAAACGACUUUGGAUGGUCUUUACCCUCGAAGCCACAUACAUUUGUAGGAGAAUACGCAGAUGAGCAAGCUGAGAAUGUUAGAGGACCAUCAGCGGGUGUAUCUCAACCUGCUUUAGCCAUUGCAACAUUAUUCCUAGUCGUUUCGUCCUGUGCCUUUACAAGUCUGUAAUUUACCGAACUUCUUAAAUUAUAGGUAAUUUGCUGCAGCCAAAGCGUACACCAGCAAAUGCAAUGGUGGGUUUAGUGAAACAAGAAUGUCUAGGAGAACUGUAUAUUGCUGGUGUAAUAUAUUUUUUAAAAUAAUAUUAGUUAUAUUUAUUUUAAGCAAGAGAUAAAUAAUUAAUAUGUUCCCUAGCAGAAUAAUAUUUCCAAAAACAUGUUAGCUAAAUUUUAUACUGCUGCUUGUUCGAGUAAUCAAAUAUUUGGAAAUGAUACGAAAAAAAAAAAUUUUAUAUUAUGAUUCAUGUUUAAAUAUAACAAGCAAAAGUGCAUUUUUGCAUUUGUAUUGGUUUAUUGUUUUUUUAUAAAAAUUUAUCAAAAUUUAAUUGUGGGCAUUUUUUAUGUAUAAAAAAAUACUUUCACGUUAUACAGUAAACAUUAGAUAAUUCUCCUAGAUGUUCUGGUACGUAUUAUUAAAAAAAAAAAAGAGCAUUUUAAUUGUACUCUAAAUCAAGAGUAACUGUAAGGGAUAUUGUACUUUAAAAUAUAUUUAUAUAUCUNUAUUAUAUAUAUAUAUACGUACGCAUAAUUUAGUAUUCAUUGUACAUGUAUAAGUUCAGAGAUAUAUGAUUAUUAUUAUAAUUUAUUUUUAUAUGCUUAAGAUAACUAAAUCCGUGUUCUAUAAUGUUGCUUAGUGCCAUGUACGCAAGUUUUUUUCUCGAUCAUGUACAGAAAUGGCACUGAUAAAUCAUCUUUCGAAAUACGAAAGAAGGAUAUGUAUGUAGGUACCUUACGUAUAAUAACAAAGAAAUAAUAUUAUUAAGAAUCGCCGUAGAAAAUCGACGAAGAAAUAUGGGUUGAAAGCACAUAUACUGGCUACAUAUACUAUUGGCAUAUUGUUAGAAAUAAUUCCUUUCUCUCUUUCUUUUCCUACUAUAUGUGCUUCCAAUUCAAAUAAAUAUAAUAUUUUCAUUUGACUUUAAAGUAUAAUGUUAUGAGUGGACACGAAUGUCUGUUGAGAGUGCAAGGAUAAUGUAUUGUUUUUCGAAUUAGCUUGGUAGCUUUAGUACAUAUACACAUCGUUGCAUUGAUUUUUAACAACCGUUUCAAUCAAUAGAUUAUAGAUUAAAAAAUAAAUAUUGUACAAAAAUAUUGUUGGUUCCAACAAAUGGUGCACAUUAUGUAAACGUUAAAUGUAGAAAUUUCAGUCACGCUUAUCUUGACGCUCUGUAUAUGACAAUCCUUACUUUUGUAUAGCGUUCUUUGCAUUUAUUCAUUUGAUAAUAAAUUCGUUGCAUAAGUUCAAACACAUUACAAA